AUGCCGUCUAUUUCCCUCCACCCCCGCGCGUCGUCACGCAACAACGCUCACAAUCCCCUCCCCCAGCUUCUCCAAACCCCCUCCGGCCUCGCCCUCCUCGAGCUCCAAGGCACGAUAAAUCUACCAUUCCAGGAAAAUCUUGACGCCGAGAACGAAUCCACCGAUUUUAACAGCCCCUCCACAUACGAGACCCCAAUCGGCAAGCUCAUGUUUCCGGACUACUCGCAAAACGCGAAAGACGACACGAGCUGGAUGAAAAGAGCUUACCUCUAUGUUGGACGGUACCAGAGGAUGACAGGCGAAGUCAAGAAAUUACCCAAGCCACUUGCGAUUAUUCAGCGGCGGCAGACGGACGGCGCGGACGAUGCACGGGAACAGCUAGAGGUUGUGGAAAUUGUGAAAUAUAAGCUCAUAUUCAAGAACCGGCCGGAGCCGGUUAAUGAUGUUUGA